AUGCGUCAUUUAAAGUAUCAUGAACAGAAGUUACUUCGUAAAGUAGAUCUCUUAGAUUGGAAAGGUACUUCAUCCCAAAGAGAACACUUAAUCACUCAAAGAUUCAAGUUAGAGGACAGAGAAACGUAUGUAAGAUACUCCUUAGUCGUCGGUAAGAUUAGAAGACUAGCUUUAGCUUUAGCUAAACUCAAUGACAAUGAUGACGUCAAAAUCCAAAUGGUCAAAGAACUAGUAGCUAAACUACAUACACUUGGACUUGUUAAAGGUAAAAGUCUACUAGAUUGUGCUAAAGUAGGAGUAAGUUCUUUUUGCCGCCGCCGUUUAUCAACUAUUGUUGCUGAUCUUAAAAUGGUUCCAGAUAUCAAAACAGCCGCCAACUUUAUUAAACACGGCCAUAUCAAAGUAGGUACACAGAUUAUAAACGAUCCUGGAUUGAUAAUCAGCCGAGCUAUGGAAGAUUACAUUACUUGGAGGGAAGGAUCAAAGAUCAAAGCAACUAUUGAACAGUUUACAGAUGAUUAA